AUGAACAACCACGAUAAUAAUACUUUUUUUUUUUUUAAUACCAAUGUAAAAGAGGUAUUGAUAAUGUUCGAGACAACACAGGAAUCAAGAUAUGAUUUACUAGAUUUUGUCAAGAAAGCAGAAGGCAAAUUUCUCACAUCACAUUGCGAAAUCUCUAAAUCACCUACAGCUACCGGAUUAGGAAUCAUAGCCACCCAAGACAUAGGAGAAGGUACGAAGAUAAUUUCUAUUCCUAAAUCUGCUAUAUUUUCUGCAUCAAACAGUAAUAUCGCAAAUUUAUUACAAGAUGAAGAAAUUGAUGGGAUGUUUGCCUUGAAUAUUGCAUUUAUUUACGAAAUAUCAACGUUUAAAGAUACAAGUCACUGGUAUCCGUAUCUGAAACACAUACCAUUGAAAAAUACCGAAACGGAUGAACCAAUUUUGCCCGUUUCAUUUUGGACGGAGAAACAGAAAAGGUUAUUGAAAGGAACUACUGCAGAUGUAUUUCAUAAGAUAUUAGAACCUCAAGAGGAGGUGAUGGAAGGUUUCGAGUUAGCUAUCGAAUUAGCGCAGAAAUGGAGUGAUGAGUUUGGUCUAUCAAUUCCUGAAUAUUAUUUAUCUUUGAAUGAUCCGAAUGAUAAGGACGAGUUUGAUACAAAAUUCAAAAGGUUUUGCUCUUUAGCCUUUGCGUUAUCUUCAAGAGUAUUAGAAAUAGAUCAAUUCCAUGAAAGUGGGUUGGUCCCAAUUGUUGACCUAAUUAAUCACCACUGUAAGAAUGUGAAUGCCGAAUUCCUCUCUCUGUUCGAUGUCUGUGAUAAAUGUGGUGAGUCAGGAACAUGCAGACAUCUUCUUGCGGAAGAAGCCGAAGAAGCGAUAGAAAUGGCAAAACUAGACCAAAAUCAUCUUAAAGUAGAUGCAAAUGGGGCUACUAUCAAUGAUAUUAUCUCCAUGGAGACAAUAAUAGAAUUGGAGAAAGACCAUAACGAGCCAUUCAGUGAUGAAGAAGAUGAUAAACAAGGAAUGAGUAAACCUGAGGAGGAACUUAACAAUCCAGAUGAUUAUGUUGAUAUAGUGACAACUAGGGGUAUAUUGAAAGGGGAAGAAAUUUUUAUCUCCUAUGGCCCAUUACCUAAUGCGUUUUUAUUAGCCAAAUGUGGGUUUACUAUGGCUGACAACCCGUUUGAUAUUGUGUAUGCAGGUAAUAGCCUUACAAAAAUGCUGAACGAAAAGCAGUAUUCGAAAUGCGAAGAGAGAAUUAGGUGGUGGAUCCAAGCUGGGCGUGAUCUCUUCCUGAAAUGGUAUAAAGAACUUGAAGAGCAAAUAGGGAGUGAUGAAGAGAGUGAGGAAGAGAGCGCGGAAGAAGAGGAACAAGAAAUUGACGACAAUGAUGAUAAUGAAGAGAAGUGGUUAGAAGAUCUUUGUUGGGAUAGAAAGAGUAAACUUACGCCUGCGUUUAAGGCACUAGUUACACUUAUGAGCAUGAAUGAACACACAUGGCAGGCAUAUUUCCAACAUAUUAGAGAAGAGCGCGAUUUAAAUAAGAGUCUUCGUUCCCUAGCUCCAAAGGUGAUGAACACAGCAGCUAAAAAGAUCAUCAGAGCAUUAGCAGCAUCCAGACUAUCCGAGCUUCCUUUAAAGACUGGCGCUGAAGAAGAAAGUCUAGUAGAUCCUCUUACCUUACGCUAUUUGGAAACACUAAGACAGGGUGAGGUAAAGAUCUUGCGACAUAAAUCACUCGAAUGA